CCUUAUUCAUCUUUUUUUUUUCCUUAUGUUGGGAAAUUCCUGAUUCCCCACCUCAGCAUGGUGGGAAAUCCUGAGGCAUGGAAAGGAUGUGUCAGUCUUGAGUGGCAGCCAUGAUUGCUCCAGUUGUGCUGAUAACCUUGGUGGAAGUCUGUGCAGGGUUUGGGCAGGGUAGCAAGUCCAAGUUGUCUGACAAGUUCCUUACUCACUCAACACCACCCACCAGAAACACAGCAACUUACCACACAUAUGUGGAUCUAGAAAAAGUGUGCUCCACAACUGACUCAUUCCCCACACUUUCUGCAGCCAUCCAAGUCAAGGACCUUCUUUGGAACUCAGGUUGGAAAAACAAGGAACUGUCUUCCCCCACACUGUCCAAUAACACAGAUGAUGACAUGUACCAGCUUGAAGACAGUGAAGAUGAGUUGGAAGUUCAGGACACUGUUUUUCCAUACUUUCCUGCUGAGAACCAUCAACAGCAGCCCAAUGAAGUGGAAAAAGCAGGAAAGCUUCUUUAUCUAACUGAAGUGGAGGACUCAGCAGAAGUUACAAAAGAAAUGAAAAAUUAUGAGAAAUCAGGGUAUUUAUCAUGGGGACCCUUUGAAUCUACUCCCACAGUAAACAAAAGCAACAAUACUUCAAUCACCAUGGUCCCAUUGAGCACCACAGAAAAGAUCUUUGAGACAGAUCCCACAGGAGAGCUUCAAAUUUCUGAUGAAAAAGAAAAUGAAAAAAGCAGCUUGACCAUAACUUUAGCACCUCCUUCAACUCCAGAAUCCCAUGCCACAAAAAGAAGAUCAAGUUAUCCUGGAAAACCCUGGAAAGCUGCCCUGAGAAGCAGCAACAUCAGAGUCAAGAGACAACAUUGGUCCAAGACCAGAAAUGAAGAGCUUGGGCAAUUUGCUCAAGACACUGCAAACUUCAGAAGAGAAUUUGCCAAGCACAGAUUCUCUCCAAACUUGGUCAGGAAUAUGUCUCCAAUUUUCAUGAGGAGGCUUCCCAAGUCCUUAUCUGCUGAUCUGGGAGUAGAGCAGAACUAUCCAAGGAGAAGACAGUCUUUGUCACCAUCUGAACUAACCUUGUCAGCCUUUCAAAGAGCAGAUGCUGGUGAAAGGAUUUCCUCCAAUGAGGAACCAUUUCAAAGCAAUCAUCACCCACAAAAUACUGAUAACGCAUCCCCUGAAGCCCCCCAAGACUCAGGACCACCACCAGAACACCUUUCAUCAGGAGAAGCACCACUUUCUUCCCAAGAACAACCCGAAGCAAACCCCCCACCCCCACCGCAAAGGUCCCAAGAACAAGUCCAAUCAUCCGAAGCUGAACCCCCAUCAUCGAAUGAAUACCAAAAAGAGGCUCCAUCUGGCGAGCAAGACGACACAUACAUGAAACUGCCCAGGGGAAGAGCAGGAGAUCCUCAAAAACUGCUGGAAACGCGGCUCUUGAGAGAAGAACAACGCAAAGUACUCAAGAAACUCAAACUGAGGAAGCUUCCACUGAUCACAAAUAUUCCCAAAAGAACCAAACGUGACAGAACCCGAAAGCAGCCAAGCAAAGAUCCGAAAAAUUUCACGCCAAAUUGA